UCGUUAUAGUAUGGAUGUUAGUGUGGAUGAAGUGAAAGCCUUAGCAUCUCUCAUGACAUACAAAUGCGCUGUGGUUGAUGUGCCAUUUGGUGGGGCAAAGGCUGGUGUCAAGAUCAAUCCCAAGAACUACACAGACAAUGAAUUGGAAAAGAUCACAAGAAGGUUUACCAUGGAGCUGGCAAAAAAGGGCUUUAUUGGACCUGGUGUGGAUGUGCCUGCUCCUGAUAUGAGCACAGGGGAGAGGGAGAUGUCAUGGAUUGCUGACACCUAUGCCAGUACCAUAGGACACUAUGAUAUUAAUGCACAUGCUUGUGUAACUGGUAAACCCAUCAGCCAGGGGGGGAUCCAUGGACGUAUAUCUGCAACUGGUCGUGGUGUCUUCCACGGAAUUGAAAAUUUCAUCAAUGAAGCAUCAUAUAUGAGUUUAUUAGGGAUGACUCCUGGAUUUGGAGAUAAAACAUUUGCUGUUCAGGGAUUUGGUAAUGUGGGCUUGCAUUCUAUGAGAUACUUGCAUCGCUUUGGAGCAAAAUGCGUCGCUGUCGGAGAGUUUAAUGGUUCUAUCUGGAAUCCUGAUGGGAUUGACCCAAAGGAACUAGAAGACUUCAAAUUGCAACAUGGGACAAUCAUGGGCUUCCCUAAAGCACAGACACUUGAGGGCAGUAUUCUGGAAACAGACUGUGACAUUCUCAUCCCUGCUGCCAGUGAGAAGCAGUUGACUAGGGCCAACGCUCACAAGGUUAAAGCAAAAAUCAUUGCUGAAGGUGCCAAUGGGCCUACAACUCCUGAAGCUGACAAAAUCUUCUUGGAGCGGAAUAUCAUGGUUAUCCCUGAUCUUUACCUGAAUGCUGGUGGUGUAACAGUAUCCUAUUUUGAAUGGCUGAAAAACUUGAACCAUGUCAGUUACGGGCGCUUGACUUUCAAAUAUGAAAGGGAUUCAAACUACCACUUGCUCAUGUCUGUCCAGGAAAGCUUGGAAAGAAAAUUUGGGAAACAUGGGGGAACUAUUCCAGUUGUGCCUACAGCAGAAUUUCAAGAUAGGAUAUCGGGUGCAUCUGAGAAAGACAUUGUCCACUCUGGGUUGGCUUACACAAUGGAGCGUUCUGCCCGGCAAAUCAUGCGUACUGCCAUGAAGUACAACCUGGGCCUGGACCUGAGAACAGCUGCCUAUGUCAAUGCAAUUGAGAAAGUCUUCAAAGUGUACAAUGAGGCUGGUUUGACCUUUACAUAAACAGGCCAUUACCGCUCCUUGUUGUGUCCCUCUUGCUGUUAAUGUACCCUCUUCUUGAGAAAGCUUAUCACAAGUUUACAUGUAACCACAAAAUUUUCUGUUCUUCUGACAUUAUAGUGGAUUCUAUUCUCAAUUAGUUUCAGUUCCAAACUAGUCUUUUUUACAAUAAAAAUCCAUGGAUUAGGAAAUUGUAUACAAAUAUGUAUCUGAAGAUAACAGUUCAUCUGCACUUGUGGGGGCCAUUCUGGGUAUUUCACCUACAAAACAAAAUGGUACAUUUUGCAUAUGAAAGAGUGGUCUUUCCACCUGAGCCACUUCUCAGACUUCAGAUCAGAUACUGUACUAUACGAGCACUUAGCUCAUUAUUACUUCAUGCACUUUUGUUUAAUGACAUAAUUUUGGCUUCGGCACUUUCAGCAAGGCCUUGUAUGAUCAAUGCUGUGGCAUUGUCAAAGGAAGAAUGGGCCUCCAGCAGGGAUUAACUUUGGUAGAAAUCUAGUUUUUAUUUGUAGUAAAGCUUCAGGCCUGAUUCUCUUUAGGCAAUAUUUUUUCUUUAACUGUGCUGCUGUUACAGGACUGCCUUUUAUUGCUUGUUCAAGCUAGUUUGACUAUUACCAUGGAGUAUGUAGCGCUGACAGACUAAUAUUUUUAUAAGCUGAAACUAUCAAGCAACUCUAGUUACAUUUUUAAUCAAAUAUCUACAUAACUAUUCUGACUAUAUGUUGUUUCCUUUAUAAAAACAAAAGGGAUAUUCUGAAUUUGGUAAGCAAUCAUACUUAGGAUUUUUGGAAAUUUUUUUCAGUCUUUUCCUUUCAGAGGCUUUUUUGAAAAUUAGAUACUGCCUCAGUGAACAACUAAAGUGAAAUUGAACCCAGAAACCAUUGGCCAAACCACAGAGGAGCUAGAACGCUGCUACGAACUUAAUCCACUGUCUUAACCACACAGCCUUUUUUUCUUUUUUUUUUUGCCAUCAGGAGGUCUUGAAAGUUUUGAACGUAUUAGAGUACAACAAAAUGGACCUCAACAAAAUAUUGGAUCAAGCACAGUUUUUGAAGUGUAAGGCUUUUGUCCCGUGGAGUCCCCUUGAAGUGCCAGAUGUUAUUUAUGUAAUGAAUAUGAAUGUUUUUUUAAAAAAGACAACUAGUCCCUCCCAGAAACUCAUGCUUUUUUUCUAACUACUUUGUAACUGCAUGACAUAACCUGAAGAGAGAGCAGUUAUUAAAAAAAGUUGACCUUUCCAAACC